GUAUUUGUCAAUUUUGACAUGUUUUGUUAUGAUUUAAUCGUUACAAAAAAUAUUGCGAAAUUAAUGCUUUGUGACUAAAAUCUUUAUUGUGGAAUGUAAGAAAUGAUAUCAGUAAAUACCUAAUAUUUUCUGUUUAUCAUGGAAAAUAUAUAACGUCCGAAUUGAAUCGAAAACCAGCAAAGCUCUCACUAACCAUGAGCUCCCAACGACGACCGAGCAGCCCAAGUCUCCUGGACUCCCCUUCGCCACCAGCCAGCCCUGACCCCGCACCAGCACCAGACUCCGAGACCUACACCCAGGGAGCACCAGAGAUCAACCACGCCAGCGCUUUCAGCAUACACCUAGGCUACCUAGACAUACAGCCCAUGGACGAACCGCCUGAUGAUGUGGCCAGUGAAGAUUCCAACUCGAACCCGCUAAGACUACAAAGGUAUGUGGUGAACGAAGAAAGCAAUUCUGCUUUGUCUGUUACUGAGGGCGAAAGCUCGAAUGCUUUCCCUACAGUGGAUAUUCCUGGCAAUGCUAAUGCUGUGUGGAACAGUGAGGACUCAAAUUCUAAUGCAAAUAGGGAGCUGAGAGUGUGUGAGUCUGAGGACAGUAAUGAACCUCCUGCGAAAAUGAGAAAAAUAAGCACGCAGUCACAGGAGGAACAGGAUGGCGAGACUUGCCCUAUUUGUCUGGACGCAUGGGGAAAUUCUGGAGACCACAGGCUAGUUGCCUUAAAAUGCGGGCAUCUUUUUGGUUCCAAAUGCGUGGAGCGUUGGCUCCGCGCGCAAGCGCAGAAAGACCGAUCGUGCCCGACAUGCAAAAGCAAAGCUACGGUCAGAGACUUGAGGUUCAUUUACGCUCGGAGGUUAGUAGCGGCGGAUACGGCAGAGAUCACAGCCUUGCAGAAACAGGUUGAGGUUAUACAAUCGGAGAAGAUCAGGGCAGAACUUGAGCUACAGAAGAGCAAGAUGGCGCAUCGAGCGUGCAUACAACAGCUGGAGGUUUUGAGGAACACUUUAGCGUCUUCUAGUCAGUCGUGUCAGCGUUUUGAGAGGAAAGGAUGGAGGUUUGCCCUGGAAAAGAACUUAGAGGUAUGCAAAGACGGGGGAUGCCGAGUCCUCUCUUAUAAUUGCAGGACCUACGAUCUUUACGUAUCCCAGAAAAGCACAAACAGUCUUUUCCCUGGCUUCGGCGUCAGAAGAGUCAGCUGCGUUGACUACAAACUAGGCCCGUUUCUGUUUUUGCACCCGAAGCCUAUAAGAGACAUCGCGUAUUCACAGCCCAAAGACUUGCUCCUCAGCGUAAGCUUGGAUGGUUCGGCAAGACUUGUAGAACGAGGAUCAGCUAGCUUAACCAUACAGUGCGGCGCCCCACUAUGGUCUUGCACGUGGGACGCCCUCCGCCACCACGAGUUAUUCGUCGGAGGCGUGGGAGGCGCCAUAAUGCAUUACGACAUUCGAAACACCGGAUCUCCCUUACACCGUUUAUCAGCGCCGAGCGACAUGACUCCAGUCGCGUCGUUAUGCUCGACAGAAUACGGGUUACUAUCCUGUCAGUUAAACUCCUCUUGGCUAUGGUCUCCUAGUACUUCAGGGCAGUGGGAGCCAAAAGCCUUGCCUGUAGACGGUCCGUUUCUUUCCAUGGCUUAUGACAAUGAAACCCACAGAGGUCUAAUAUCCUGCCGUCCAAAAGGCACAGAACGUUCUAGGCUUGUUGUAGCGAAGUUCAGAUCUAGUACUUUGGGAGAAGCGUGGUGUGAGACAGAGCAGACAUUUAUGGGGUCGGCUAGAGCGACUUUAAUGUCUAGAGCGACGUGGGUCAGAGCGCCUGGCGCUUUGUGGGUGGCAGCGCACUCAGAAAGCGAUUCAGCGCUGCUUCUCCACGGGCUGGAAGGUUCUAGAACCAUGUCGUUGCCGGCAGCGGAGCCAGCGCUAGACGUGUUCUCUGCGCAGCUAAACGGUGACACGAUUGUUGCAGCGCUUUCAGAGUCGCGAUUGAGGAUGUAUAAAGCUGUACCGACUAACUUAUGAGAUUUGGUUGUGGAUUUCUAGUUUUUAAGCUUUGGAAAGCCUAGCAUACUGGCAUAGAAGACUAGACUCUGACAAGUUUACAUUUGCAACAGGUAAAAGAUGCG